GAAAAAAAAUCCGACGGCGAGAGAAGCAGAGGAAAAAAACAGGGCCCCGCUGCCGCCUUUCGUUCUCUCUCUCUACAUAUCUCAGUCUUUUCCCAGAGACGAGAUAUUACGAUAAGAUCUUCUUUUCGGUUGGGAAUUCCUCUUGGCCGGACCUUUCUUCUAUCAAUUGUGAAAAAGAGAGACCUCGUCUCCCUUCCAAUUGCCCAACAUGUCGGACGAAAUCAUCUGGCAGAUCAUCAACCAGCAGUUUUGCUCCUUCAAGCUAAAAACCGAGAAGAAGCAGAACUUCUGCCGCAGCGAGCACAAUGUCACCGGCCUCUGCAACCGCCAGUCAUGCCCCCUCGCCAACUCCCGCUAUGCUACGAUCCGCCAGCACCCUACUAAGCAGACCCUCUACCUCUACAUGAAGACGAUUGAGCGCGCUCAUCUUCCCUCCAAAAUGUGGGAGCGCAUCAAGCUAUCCAACAACUACAACAAGGCCCUUGACCAGAUCGACGAGCGCCUCAUCUACUGGCCCAAGUUCCUCAUCCACAAGUGCAAGCAACGCCUCACCCGCCUGACACAGGUCCAAAUUCGCAUGCGCCGCAUCGCCGCCGAGGAAGAGCGCCUGGGUGAAAAGAUGGUUCCCAGGAUGGCCCCCAAGAUCAGGCACCGUGAACGCGCCCGAGAGCGCAAGGCCGAGGCCGCCGCUAAGCUGGAGCGCACCAUCGAGCGAGAGCUGGUCGAGCGACUGCGACAGGGUGCCUACGGUGAUCAACCCCUCAACGUCAGCGAGGACAUCUGGAAGAAGGUUCUCAACGCCAUGGAGCGUGAUGGCGAGGGCAAGCGAGACAAGGACAUGGACAAGGGUCUCACCGAAGAUGGUGAAGAGGUUAAGGACUGGGACAGCGACGAGGACGAGGACGAUGACCUGGAGAAGGUUGUCGAGUACGUGUCUGACCUGGACGAGAGCGAGGAGGAGCUGGGCGACCUAGAGGAUUGGCUCGGCAGUGAUGAUGAUGACGAGGAGGAGGAGGAGGCCGACAGCGAGUCCGAGUCCGAGAUGGCGGGCAACAAGCGAAAGCGUGGCCGUGUCAUCAAGAUGAAGAACAAGAAGCCCAGACAGGAGGAGAAGGCGAAGAUGACGCUCACCAACGACCUGGCUUGGUAAAAUCGGAGUCUAUACACAUGGCGACUACGGCGUUCUGGAGUUUUUAUCUCUCCGGCAUGAAUGCGCUUCUGCCGGAACACGAAAAAAAGAGGAAGGAGAUGAGGACGAUGAAGAAGAAGAAUAGCAUUGGGUGCUGUACCGGAUACCAAAAUAUUUUAUUACCUCCUGCCCAUUUGUGUCAUCUCGUCUCUUGUUAAUGUCGCUGUUUGUUUAUAUUUGUGAUGCCUCGCAGCUACUGCUUCUGUACCACCAUGUCUGUCAUAAGAAAGUGGGUUUGUUUUCUCAAGAAUGUGUCUUAAAGAUCAAGAACAUCUAGCUUCGCAUCAUAAAUUUACAAAUAAAUGAACUCGUUAUCCGCGACG